GUUGUAUUCAUAAUUCAUUAAGCGGCUGCCGUAGUAUAAACUGAAACUCUCUGUGAUGUAGUCCCGCCCGUUUCGAUCUGUUCUUUUGCUUUCUUGUCUGUUUGUUUGUUUGGAAUCAAAGAAAGUAAAAGAAAAGGAAAGAAAAAAGAAAGAAGAAAGUGAUUAUUAUUAUUAUUACUUAUUAGGGUGGUUCAGGUCGUAUGAUGUUUUGUGGUGUUUUAAAAGAUCGAAUUCAGAAUUGGCUUCGCGAUUAUGAUAGGCUUCAGUACUUGGCUGUCAUCCUCAUUUAUAUUCAGAUUGGGUGCUCACUGAUUGGGUCGCUGGGAGCAUUGUACAACGGUGUUUUGCUGAUCAAUUUGGGAAUCGCAUUGUUCGCUCUGGUCGCCAUCGAGAGUAGUAGUCAGAGUUUGGGUCGGACCUACGCUGUUCUUCUAUUCUGUUGUAUUUUGCUUGAUAUUUCUUGGUUCAUUUUCUUCUCUCAUGAUAUUUGGAUCAUUUCUUCAGACAGUGAUGGAAUGUUCUUUAUCUUUUCACUGAAACUCACUUUAGCAAUGCAGAUUGUUGGGUUUUCUGUGAGAUUGUCAUCCUCAUUGUUGUGGAUUCAGAUUUACAGAUUGGGGGUUUCUCUUGUAGAAAGUGCUGGUCCUCAAGAAGCAGAUUUUGAUUUAAGAAAUAGUUUCCUCAGUCCAGUAACUCCUGCUGCAGCUAGAGAAUGCACAGAUUCUGAUGUUGCUUUAGGGGGCUCUAUUUAUGAUCCAGCUUAUUAUUCAUCUCUUUUUGAAGAUGGUCGGAACAAUAGAUAUGUGCAUGUGGAUCAAAAUUCCAGUAUUCUUGACAGUGGAUCCAAUUCUAUUGCUGAAGUUUCUCAGUUGAAGGUGUCCAUUGGCAGAUCAUUCCAGAUUAUAGAUGAGGAGAAUGCCAUAGGCGAGCAUCAGACAGCUUGAAUUAGAUUCUGGUAUUUCUGAAAUAUCAGGCUUCGAAGUCACUUCCCAUAGUGUUACUGUUUUGAGGUUGAUUUCUUUGGUGAGGCCAGUUGCAUGCAGGAAUAGUACUUGUACAGUUUUCUACUCUUGCCUUUUCUCCACAAGAUGAUAGCCGCCAAUCUCUCAUUUAAAAGAACUUCAUUUUGAAGUUCUCUGCAAAGUAUGAUAGAACGUUGGCUUUGCUAUUUCAGAGGGCAUUAUGCGAGUCUAUCAUGCAUUUAAACCAAGGAUGCUACCUGCAGGCCGGUCAGAGCUCUGGAUUUGGUGCGAUAUCACAAAGUAUCAAUACCACCACUGAUUCAUUUUGGCUGAAUUGGCCAGGCUAUCUAGGUGCAACUGGUGACAAAAUUCUCGUUUUGAAGAGCUCCUGAAAUUUAUUAAUUAUCCCUUCUAGAAUUACAAACUUAGUCAAUUUUCCUCGAUGUGUUUAUUCUUUUUUUCUUUUUAAUUUUUCAAGCCUGGUAUUUAAUUAAUUGAAUGGAAAUAGUUUGCGUUCCUGGAGGUUCAUCAAUGCGAAAUAUGGUUUAUUCCAAUUUGGGAAA